UCUUUGAAAGUAGUCAUCUGUUAUUUACUAGUUUUUGUGUCGAUUUGUACAUCAAGUUCGUCCAAAAUAACGAAAUCAACGAAUCCAGCCAUCCGUAGCAUCACCAUUGAAGAAGUUCAAUGUUUCUUGGAGUUUGACGAAUUACUUCUCAACAUGUUUGCUAAAGUGAUAUUUCCGCCGGACCAAUCGCCAAAUAAUCUGUUUAACAAACACGAUUAUAUCAAUUCUGAAAUACCAUCGGCUUAUUUGGAAACCGGACCAUAUAAUACGGUUAACUUAAUACAUGUUUUAGUUCAAAAGCUAGUUUUUUCAAACCAGGAUUUCAACAACACACUUUCUACUUUCGCAUCUUGCUUGAAUCACACCUCAACGCAGGAGAACACGCCGGAGCAAUUUUUCAAAUUUCAACAAGGAAUGAAGAUGUCUUGCCACGAAUUUCCUUUCAUUUGUUCCAUAAUACGAUUUUUGUUGAGGGUUAACAUAGGACCAGUAUAUGAUCUAACCGAACUAAUUAUCUGUUGGAUGACGACAAACUCAUUUUACUGUAAUUAAAUGUCGCUACGUCAUCGUAACCAGAUGGUUUCAAUGGACGUAGAAACGAUCCCGACCCCGACAAUAUUAUAACACCUGUUUUGAUAAGGAUUUAUGGUGUCUUAUUGUUUUCAGCAACGCUUGAUUAGCGUUUUUGAUUGAUAACUGCAAAUAAAUGUGCGUAGCUACUCUACGAAAAAAAAAGAAAAGAAUUUCUGGUACUGCUCAAAUUACCCAUAUGUACAUAAAAUUCAAUUAAAUAAAUGGUCAUGGAAUAAAAACCA